ACCAGACAUGAGUUUGCAUGCUCAGCACCAGAAGAGAGAGCUGCGAGAAGCGUGAUACAUUGUCCAUUUUGUGCACAUAGACGGAUAUACACCAAAGUGACAGGGGAGAAAAUAGGCGACACAACUGGGCAUUGAGACCCCCCGAACCUGGCCUGGCCAUGGACGAUCAGGCAGGGCCCGGAGUGUUCUUCAACAAUAACAACAACUCGUUGAUAGCCAGCGUCGUCGGUGGGAAAGCACCACAAACCGGCGACGGCGGGGGCGGUGAGGCGGCUAGGGCGCAGUACAGUAUUCCGGGGAUACUGCACUUUCUGCAGCACGAAUGGGCCCGGUUUGAGGUCGAAAGAGCGCAAUGGGAAGUGGAACGGGCAGAAUUGCAGGCUCAGAUCGCCUUUCUGCAGGGAGAGAGGAAGGGCCAGGAGAAUCUGAAGAAGGACCUGGUGAGGAGAAUCAAGAUGCUGGAGUACGCCCUCAAACAGGAGAGAGCAAAAUAUCAUAAACUCAAGUAUGGCACGGAGCUGAACCAGGGUGAUAUGAGGCCUCCCAGCUAUGACUCAGAUGAAGGGAAUGACACAGAGCUUCCGGAACCCUCAAAUAGCCAGCUGAGCUGGAAGCAGGGACGCCAGCUGCUGAGACAGUACCUGCAGGAGGUAGGCUACACGGACACCAUCUUGGAUGUAAAGUCCCAGCGGGUUCGUGCUCUACUUGGUUUGACCGGGGACGCCGGGACAGCCGAGCGGACGGCCGAUCGCUGCGCCGACAGCAUGGUGAAUGGCACCGAGCCCUCCUCCCCCAAAGAGGGCGCCAAAAUGGGGAAGCUAGAGAUGUCCGACUCUGCCACAGUGCUGGAGGCCUUUAAGUUCAUUGAGAGUGCGGCGGCCGAGUUCAGCGACGACGAUGAGGAUGAGGACAGCGAGGGCCGAGAGAAAACCAUCAUGGACCUGGCCACGAUGGUGAGGAAGAAAGCGGCGGCGUCUCCGUCCCCCUCCUCCUCCUCGCCGUCCUCGUCCGCGGACCUGAGCGACGACCCCGACACGGAGGAGGCCAUGAAGGGCUUCGACUUCCUUGCCAGCGCCGACGAGGCCGACGGAGCGGCCGACCCCACCGGCGCCGACUGGGAGAAGGAUGAGCAGAGUCCAGGGGAGGCCUGGGAGGUGGACCAGGGCCUGAUCACGCGACUGAAGGAACAGUACAGGAAGGAGCGCAAGGGCAAGAAGGGGGUCAAGAGGCCUAACCGCUCUAAGCUGCAGGACAUGCUGGCUAACCUGCGGGAUGCUGAGGACCUGCCCUCCAUGCAGCCCCCGGUCAACCCCUCCCGGCCCCCCAUCCCACGCCUCAAUGAGCACGAGCUGGGACGCACCGACGAAGUGGAGGCCAUGACGUUCCCUCCGUCCUCAGGCAAGUCGUUCAUCCUGGGCCCAGACGAGGGGCCGCAGAGUGAGCUGGUUCUGGGCGAACUGGCCGGCCUCACCGUGGCCAAUGAGGCCGAGAGCCUCGCCUACGACCAGAUGUCCAGCAGUCAGGACCUGCGUAAGACGUGGAACCCCAAGUUCACGCUGCGGAGCCACUUUGACUCGGUGCGCGCGCUGGCCUUCCACCCCAUCGAGCCCGUGCUGCACAGUCCGCCUCCGAGGGACCACCGCGGCUCCAGAUAAUGGAACCUGCAGAAAGACCAGCCCCACCGCAGGUGUGCUGCUCUUGAUGUGGAGCCCAUCUAUACUUUCAGAGCACACAGGGGUGCAGUUCUGUGUGUGGUGAUGAGUUCUAGUGGAGAACAGUGCUUCAGCGGUGGAAUAGACGGAACCAUUCAGAGCUGGAACACGCCCAACCCCAACAUCGACCCCUACGACUCGUAUGAAGCGUCGGUGUUGCGUGGCGCUCUGUGUGGCCACCCCAGAGGAUUGUGGGUUAGUGGCAUUGGUGCAGUCGCGGUCCACCACGGCUGCUCUCCUGCUCGACCCGGCCCGGCUUUUCGUCUGUGCUGGGGUGUUUGUUUGUUGGUUUGUUUGUUUGUUUGUUUGUGCGCAGACAUGGGUAUCCCCUCCUCGGUUGACCUGGUUUGUAGUGAGCCUGCCCACAUGGUGGCGGCGUUCGACAGCGGUCAGAUCGGCAUCUACAACAUGGAGACUCAGCAGCUCCUGCUCAAACUGGACACUGAGACGGCAGGCGAAAGUGAUGUCUCCUUUCACAUAAAUAAAGUGCUCAGUCACCCCACGUUGCCCAUCACCAUCACUGCCCAGGAAGACCGACACAUCCGUUUCUACGACAACAACACAGGUAAGCUCAUCCACUCGAUGGUUGCCCACCUGGAUGCAGUGACCAGUCUGGCAGUGGACCCCAAUGGCCUGUACCUCAUGUCCGGCAGUCACGACUGCUCAGUGCGCCUGUGGAACAUGGACAGCAAGACAUGCAUCCAGGAAUUCACCGCACACCGCAAGAAGGAGGAGGAGUCCAUCCACGCCGUGGCGUUCCAUCCCACCAAGUGCUUCAUCGGGAGCGCAGGGGCUGACGCUCUCGCCAAAGUCUUCGUAUGACCACACACACACACACACACACACACACACACACACACACACCCCUACCGACCUGCUGAGGACAGGCUGCUGGGCGGCUCCAGGGAACGAGGUGGAGGACUGGCUCAGCGGUCAGACAAGACGGACUGAAGUGAGCUGCUUUCUGGAAUGGAAUGGAGUGGGACGCGCAGCUUUAGACACGUUCACGUGUCCACCGCACACACACACACACACACACACACACACACACAUACACACGCACAGGCAGGCAUCUACACACACACAUACAUACACACAGGCAUCUACUUACACACACACACACACACACACAUACACACUGGCAUUGAUGCCUUUUUACACUCCAUGUCCUUUCGUGUUUGAGUUUCAUCUGAAACACACACACACACACACACACACACACACACACACACACACACACACACACACACACACACACACACACACACACACACACACACACACCUCAUCCAGGCAGGCCUGGCUGGCUCAAUGGAUUCUGAACUCUUCCUCCUCCUCAAAUCAGCAGAGACCCUCCUCAGACUCAACACCCUCAUGCAUGGACUCCAGGCUCUGACGAUGGAUGUGUGUGUGUGUCUGAUCUUUCUCUCUCUCUCUCUCUCUCUCUCUCUCUCUCUCUCUCACACUCUCUCUCUAUCUUUCUCUCUCUCUCUUUCUCUCUCUCUCUCACACUCUCUCUCUCACACACACACACACAGAAGGUGUUCUGGGACAGAAUACAUGAUAAGCAAACUUGUGGACACUCCUGCACACACACACACACAUACACACCUCCUCCUGUUUCUCUCCUCACACCCCUUCUUCUCCACCCAGCGGUGGCAGUUGAGGCCAGACUGGCAUUGUCUUAACAACUUCUCCACCUCAUGAUGAGUCCCAGGUUGCCCACUUCCUGUUUGUAUGUUAGUUUGUUUGUUUGUUACUUUGUUGCUAUAGAUUCUAUAGUUUUCCAUACUACCAACACCAUGGAAUCUUGGAGAUCUUUGAUACUCUCAGACCCUAACAUCUACCGCACCCAGUCGGAUCUGUUUGGGAUGGUGGUGAUUUGGCGGUGCUGGAGGUGAUUUGGCGGUGGUGGGGCUAUUUGUGUGAUGUUUUAUGACUUACGUGCCUUUGCAUCACAGCUAUGUCCCAUGAGUUCAUUGGUGGGCGUAUAGAAAUGUCUUUUUUAUUUAAAUUGUAUUAUUAUUAUUAUUUUCGGAAGGCUACUUCAAAUAUUUCCACAUGCUUAAAUUCAAUUUGCAUAUGACGAUGAUUGACAGCUAAACAUAAAUCUCGAUGUGGAUAUUUAACAAAAAAACAAAACACAAAACCUCUGUCUUCUCCGUGUCAUCUGCAGAUGUUUUUCCACAAUUGCAUUUAAAUGUGUGAGAUGCCGUCAAAAGAGAGCAUGUGCAUGACAUACAUGACUUUACAAAAGGCAGUUGUUAAGCGGUUUGACCGAUCUUCUCCUACCUAACCAGUCAGAUACUCCCGAUUGACCUCUACUUUGCUAAAAGCAGCUUGUUCAACAAAAAUGCCAUCGCUCACGCACAGUUCUAGUUCAACCCUUGAUUUGGAUGAACUGCCUUUAAUUUUCUUUUCAAGUUAUGCAGGAUUUUUUUUUUCUGUUUGUUAGAUGCUUAUUGCAUUUUGAAGGAUGUUUUCUGCACUAUGCGUUUAUGUACAUUUCUCUACUUUAGCUAUUUCAGCCAAAAAAAACCACAUUGAGUUGUUUAACCAGUCAACAGCGCCCGCUCAAAGCUUCAAGCUGCUGAAUUAUUUCCUUUGAUUCAACGCUUCUUUGCUGACAUUUACGUUACGGUCUGCUGUCUCCAGAGAAGGAGGUCUUUUGGAGGAUAAGAUGUCUUGAUGUCCUUUCGUUUUAUUUUUUUUGGUCUUAACUCUUAGAAUCCGUUGCACUUAAGAGGUGCACUCAUAAAGAAGAACAAACGUAUGCCCUUGACUAAAAGGGAAUGAUUACGUUUCUAUAUGUUCUAUAUGAAAUAAUUAUUUUGAAAAUUAUAUAUAUUUUCUAAUAACUAUAAUUGGGUUGUGAUUGUUUUUAUUUGUGUUGAUGUUUUUGUUUCUGUGAUUUUACUUGAAAACGAGGUGUCAGUCCUCUUUAAAGCCUAUAACUACUCACUCCAAAGAUGGAGUGCUGUCUUAUCAAGACUCGUCUUAUGGAAUGCCUUCGCGGUGAGUUAGGCUGAGCGAUCGAACUUACUUAAUAUGGCUGUCAAAAAUUCACUCCACUCACUUUUAUUUGUCUUGUUCGGUUUUCCUCCAGAUUUUGUUUGACGGUCAGCAGUUUUGGAAACAAAAUCUGGAUGUCAGACGUACAAAGGCAUUUUGUAUCAAUUUUUUUUUUUUUUUUUUUUUUUUUUUUUGCUAGAAUAUCUUUUCCAGUUACAGUUCUGUAAAAAAAGAGAAAAAGUUGAUUUUCUUUUUUGUUUUUCAUACUCAAGGCUCUUAACUAUGCUGAUACAUCAGCAUGAAGGGAAAAAAUCAAUGGCUGUCUACCAAAUUCAGUGAUCUUGAAAUGUGUGGUUUUGAAGCCUCUAUACACUACAAGUUCAAGGCAAAGUGAAAUAACUGACUUUAAAAGUGUAUGCUUGUGUAAACUACAAUAAGAAGUCAUUUUCACAUGAUUUUUUUGAUUGGGUUGUGGUAGUAAUUUCCAGUCAAGAACGUGAAAUAGGCUAUCAAAUAGAAUAUGUAUAGUUCAACAGAAACAUCUAUUUAUAACUUCAGAAAACGAUGUACAUUGAAUCGUGACUAUAUAUUUUUAUUAUUAUUUGACGUGUGAUGGAGUCAGUUUAGUUCACUAUAAUGUUGCGCUCGUAGUGAUUAAAAACAUGCAAGUUUCAGUGACCUCUUGUUACUUAUUAACACUUGGGAUGAUAGCUCCCUCUGCUGGUCAGAAAGGGGAAGUGUAAACGACAGGAGUGGCGACGUGCUUUGCUCUGAUAGUAGAUACAGUUCAAUGUUAUUGACCGAGUCUUUUUAACCAAGUGUGUUUAUUGCUUACAGACGUUUUGAAGUGAUGCACAGAAGUGGUAGGCCUACUGAUGAGUGGAGUUCAGAUUAUUGUUAUCGAGGGAAAGCAACUGAUAUGUGUGUGUGUGUUUUUUAUAUAUAUAUAUAUAUAUAUAUAUAUAUGUAUAUGCGCAUACACACACAAGAGCAAAGAGGGUCUCUCUCUACAGUCACUUUGGAAGUUUUGACUGGUGGUGUUGCAUGCAAGCACUACAGACAUAUAUACAGACCGGUUUGUGUACAAAUAACAAUUCAAUUAAGGAAUCAGUUAAACAACUAACAAACAUCUGGUGUAGACCAGAUACGCAUCUAAAGGGAAGGUCAGUAUGCUUUUUUGUAAUUCAUGGUCGUGUAAGAAAGUUCAGGGAGACCAUGUCAAGUUGGGUCAAAAAAAAAGAUUUUUUUUGUGUACAUAUUUUAUUGUAAUAAUAAUUGUUAUUAUAGUGUCUUCUUUUUCAUCAUUAUGUAUCAUGCUCUUUUUUCUGAGACGGGAGAGUGACAUUUAUCGAUAACAACAAUAAAAGAACCUGUUGUAUUUCA